GAAAAGUGAUGUUCCGGCAAUUAGUAAGUGACCCAUUUCACCUCUCUGCCCAACUUGAUUCUACGAUGGCAUACCUCGGUCACCAAGGGCCUCGAGGCUGUUGACCCUUACAAGACCCACGUGUUUCUUCUCAUGCUUCGAACCGUCGAGGUGGUUGUCUUGGCUGUCUUGAGUAGAAUGGGCAGCCUUCACGAUGUACAGUACAGCGCUAGUGAACUCGGCAUCAUCUCCGCUCCCGUCUCCCGCCCCGCUCUCCGCAGUCCCCCGAAACCGCCGCGGAUGCUGAAACUUGGGGUGAAAAAACACCGGGACCGCCAGCUUGGAUCAUCAACAGGUCAGCCAUAGUCCAAACAGUUUGGACCACGGAUUGACUCCGGUCAUUCUGAGAUGUUGAGAACCCAGUGGAUCGUCGUCGCAUGAUGGACAUUUCACAUCACAUUACCACCUGCUAGUUACUAGUAACGCUAUAGAACACUCUACUAGACCUAAGUCCUAACGGUUUUGAGAUUUUGUUCUCUCUGUAACCGGGGUGUAUGUAAGUGAUUGGUUUUCGACGUCCCUGAAAGAGAAGCGAAGGGUUUGGAAAUGGACUUUUUUUUUGUGUUUAGAGCUUUUGUUUUCCUUUGUUUUGUCUUUGUGCGUGUGCAUUGUCUGCCCCAGUUUAAAAGACCCUGCUAUCUGGAUGUGUAGAACUAUACGGAUUCGAUGUAGUGAGCGAUAUUCAGGAUGGUGAUGCCAAGCCGUGCCUACUCAUUCGUUAUUUGUGAUCUCACGACACCCUAGGCCUUGUGACUUUCUAAACUGAGACCGUGUUCCCCUCUCUUACUGAGGGGGG